CUGCAUAAGUUUUAUGGAUCGUUUUGUGCAGUAAAGAACUUGACUUUUGGAGUAGAAGACGACGAAUGUUUUGGAUUACUUGGUGCGAAUGGGGCUGGGAAGACGACAACUUUUAGAGUUGUUACUGGAGAAGCUCUCUGUAACUUCGGGAAGGUAGUGAUCAAUGGUCAGCCAGCGGGAAAUGUCAAGGCUAUUGGAUUCUGCCCACAAUUUGACGCUCUCUUGGAAGACUUGACAGGCAGAGAAACAUUGAGGCAGCGUCGCAGACUUAGUGUAGGUCUAGCUGUGAUAUCACAAGCACGAGUCAUGCUGUUAGAUGAGCCAACUGCAGGUAUUGAUCCAAAAACCAGGAGGCAGAUUUGGGAUUUGCUGAGUGCAAUGAGGGAUAAAAACUGUGCGAUGGUUCUAACAUCUCAUAGUAUGGAGGAGUGCGAAGCACUGUGCACACGUAUUGGCAUACUUCUUAAAGGUUCUUUCAUUGCACUUGGUACACCGCAGCAUUUGAAAUCGAAGUAUGUUUUUUCAUUACUUCCGCAUGUUUAUUUAGAUUUGGACGAGGGUAUACAUUUAGCAUUACACUUAAAAAUGUAA